UGGCCAUACUUUCCCUGUCUCACCUUACCCACACCCACCUUUCCAAUUCUAUUCCCUUCGGCUUGGCAUCACUUUUCUUGAAUUUUCUUGAUUUAGAUUAGACAGGUGUCUGAUCAGUGUUCCGCUUGGAAAGAUUUUGGCUUUUGGGGUUUGGACAUGGAGAAGGUGAACUUUGUGAAGAAUGGACAGAUGAGGUUACCCCCGGGUUUCAGGUUCCACCCCACCGACGAGGAGCUGGUGGUACAGUACUUGAAGCGUAAGGUGCUCUCCCUCCCUUUGCCGGCCACCGUCAUCCCUGUCAUCGACCUCUGCAAAUCUGAUCCUUGGGAUUUGCCAGGUGAUUGGGAGCAAGAGAGGUAUUUUUUCAGUACUAGGGAGGCAAAGUAUUCGAAUGGGAACAGGUCAAACAGGGGAGCUGUUUCUGGGUACUGGAAGGCCACUGGGAUUGACAAACAGGUAGUGAGUUGUAGAGGAGGACACCAUGUUGUUGGGAUGAAGAAGACCCUUGUUUUUUACCAAGGCAAAGCCCCCCGUGGCUCCAGGACCGACUGGAUCAUGCAUGAAUAUCGCCUUGCCAAUUCCCCAAUCAACAAUAAGGACAACUGGGUGAUCUGCCGCAUAUUUUUGAAGAAGAGGGCAGGGGCAAAGACGGGAGAAGAUGAGAUCGAGAACAUGAGGGGAGUAGCACCAGCGAAUAUAGUUAACACAAUCGAACCAGUUUUCUACAAUUUCUUAGCUAGAAGAGAAAGGGCAGAUUUAAAUGUAGCUCCAGCUUCCUCCUCAUCCGGCUCCAGUGGGGUAACUGUGGUUUCGGCAUUUCAUCUAACAGAAGACGAUCACGCAGAAGAAGAAGAAGAUAGUAGCAGCUGCUGCAAUAGUAGCUUCAGGAGAAAACCUUGUUAAUUUGGAAUUUCAUCUUGUCAGAAUAAUAACCAACUUGAUGUUGUUUUUUCCACCCAAUUUCACUCUCUUCCACAUUACAGUAUUUCAAAAAAGAGAAAAGAAAAAGUGGGCAUCAAGUUAUUAAUCCCAUCUUAUUAUCAUCAUAUGUACAAAGAUGAUGUUUAAAACAAGUUUCCUUGUGCUCUGCUAAAUGGAGGAUUUCGUGACAGGAACAAAGCUUCCAUCUUUACGGCACUAACAAAGCUGGAAUUUGCCGCGAAAGAAAAGCAAAAAGAGAACAAAAAAAGGAAAUUGCUGAUGAUGAUGCACAUGCUUGCACUAUUAACUUUUCUUGAAAGAGAAUACCUUUUAGAGGAGUCGCACUAGAAUAAUAACGUAUGGUGAUGAUGAUGAUCUUUGGUAAGAUUGAUACGAUUCUUCUUUGGAAUCUUCAAAAGACCAUUUCCCCCUACAGAAUCCAAUUCAUAGACCAAUUGGGUUUUGAAGGGUUUCGGAUUCUCCUCACGGCAAGUCACAUCCGUUUAGGGUUGUUUGAGAGUUGCGCGCGUUCAUUUCGUAUGGAUUUGAUGUGUUUAUGAUGAUGUAGCUGUUGUGUUAGAUCUUUUCUUUAUAAGCUUUCUCGUGAAAUAAUAGGAGAAUAAGCAUGCUACAUAAAAAAAAGCUUGAGAAAGUUGUUAGUAUUGAAAAUUUUCUAUUCAUAACUACAACAAAA